AGAAGAGGUUACCCUUGCUUCAGCCUUGAAGGAGGCCACCGCUACGGAGAAUUAUGAAAGAGAGGAGCUUGAUGCCAGUCGCAAGGCCCCUAAGCCACAGAUAGAAGUUGCGCAUGCCAUGGAUGAGCUAGAGGCUACUCCGAGCCAAAGCCCAGUCCGUGGGGUCGAGUCAGUGCGUCAGGCCUGCACAGUGCACAAAGAGCACCGAGGCAGGUGCCCUGGUUGUGGCGGAAACCAUGAGCGGAAGAGUUGUCGUUUCCGGGAUGCUAUGUGCCGGACGUGCGGGAAGACAGGUCACAUCGCCAGGGUCUGUAGAUCGGCGGCGUUGGGAGCGACAGGAGCACCUAGACUGGAGCAUCGCAGACCGCCCACGGCAAACCAUGUUCUAAAGGACUGCCACUACGUAACGGAGAUCAACGGGAGGGUCGUGCAGUUUCCAGCGCAAGGCAAGGCACACGUCAAGGUGAAGAUUGAGGGUCAGCUGUGCGACAUGGAGGUGGACUCCGGAUCUGGAUUCACUAUCGUGUCGGACCAGACCGCGAGGACAUUCUUCCCCAGGGGUAAGUUGCCCCCUCUGGAGCCCUUCCCGGCAACUUUGCAGUCAUACUCAGCGGGCCGCAUCCAUAUCAUGGGAAUGUGUGCCGUGAGAGUACAGUUCCGGGACAAACAGGCGGUACUCAAACUGGUGAUUGCGAAGGGCAGUCGCCCCAGUCUCCUGGGCACUGACUGGUUCCCCGCCCUGGGACUGAGUAUAUCAGGGCUUAAUUCAAUCCAAACCUGCCCUGAGAUGAGCGAGGCAUUAUGCAAAGAAUUUGCUGGUCUCUUUAAUGGAAAACUGGGUUGUUAUAAAGGGCCCCCAGUUGACUUCGAAUUGGACCCUGGGGUGGCCCCAAUCCGACUCAAACCAAGGCGAGUGCCAUUUGCACUGCAACCCAAGAUCGAAGCAGAGCUGGAUAAAUUGGUCAAGCAGGGAGUUCUCUCACCCAUGGACUCUGCUAAGUGGGAGACUCCAAUCGUCACGCCCCUUAAAGCAAAUGGGGAAGUCAGGAUCUGUGCAGAUUACAAAUGUACUAUCAAUAAGGCACUCAGGGGAAACUCAUACCCCAUUCCAGUCGUAUCACAUCUGUUGGCUAAACUGGCUGGGGGCAAGGUGUUCGCCAAAAUUGACCUGGCACAAGCUUACCAACAGCUGCCAGUAACCCCACAAUCAGCGGAAGCACAGACUAUUGUCACACAUAAAGGGGCGUUCAGAGUUAACAGAUUACAAUUUGGAGUUUGUGUGGCCCCAGGGAUUUUUCAAGGGCUCAUGGAACGCCUGUUAAGAGGUCUGCCGGGGGUCUUGCCAUUUUUUGAUGACGUUUUGAUUGCUGGAAAAGACCCACAGGAACUGGUUGCGCGUGUCCGUGCAGUGUUGCUCAAGUUCAAGGAGGUGGGGUUGCAACUGAAAAAGGAAAAAUGCAGUUUUGGGGUGCCAACUGUGGAUUUCUUGGGGUUUAAAAUUGAUGCAUCAGGAAUCCACCCCACAGAUGCUAAGAUUAAGGCCAUCAUCGAGGCACCACGACCACAGAACAAGACGGAGUUGCAGUCAUUCCUGGGACUUAUUAACUUUUACCAUUCGUUCUUACCCCAGAAAGCUUCGCAGAAGGCUUUUGACUCCUUGCGAGGAAUGCUGAGUAGCAGGAGCGUCCUUGCUCAUUAUGAUGAGUCGAAGCCGCUGGUCCUGGCAUGUGAUGCCUCUCAAUACGGCCUGGGGGCGGUGCUGAGUCAUAGGGAACCGGAUGGGUCGGAAAAGCCCAUCUCUUUCUAUUCCCGUACGUUGUCGCCCACGGAGCGCAACUAUGCUCAAAUUGACAAAGAGGCGCUUGCAAUUGUGGCAGGGAUCAAAAAGUUCCAUGAUUAUGUGUAUGGUCGCCAUUUCUCCAUUGAAAUGGACCACAAACCACUGUUAGGGUUGUUCAACCCGAACAAACAAACGCCACAAAUUCUCUCCCCCAGAAUGUUGCGUUGGUCUAUAUUCCUGAACGGGUUCCAGUACACCUUGACCCAUGUGCCGGGGAAACGGUUGUGCCACGCUGAUGCGAGGGGGUGGCCAGGUGGUCCGCAUGAAGACAAAUUCAGGCCUUAUGCGACAAGGCAGCACGAGUUGUCCAUGCAUAAGGGUUGUCUCCUGUGGGGAGAUAGGGUGAUCAUCCCAGCACCACUGAGAAACAGGGUUCUUGAGACGCUUCACAUGGGACACCCAGGAAUGGUCAGGAUGAAGUCGCUAGCCCGAUGUUAUGUGUGGUGGCCUGGAAUGGACCAGAACAUAGAACAAUGGGUACGAACAUGCAAGGCAUGCCAAGAGGUGCGGCCAGAAGUGGCCAGAGCACCAGUUCACUGGUGGGAGCAGUCCAGAUCUCCCUGGAGCCGGCUGCACUUAGAUUUUGCUGGGCCAUUCCAGGGGAAGGUCUUUUUGGUUAUCGUCGAUGCAUAUUCCAAAUGGUUAGAAGUGGCGAUGGUCCCUAGCAUGGCAUCAGCUGCCGUAAUCAAGGUGUUGAGGCAGCUGUUUGCAACCCACGGGUUACCUGAGACCAUUGUAUCAGAUAAUGGGGCAGCUUUUGUAUCCCAAGAAUUCAGGGCAUUCUUGGCUGAUAACUUCGUAAGAGGGGUCACAUCCGCGCCCUUUCACCCAUCCUCCAAUGGGCAGGCUGAGCGCAUGGUAAGAACAGCCAAAGAAUCCAUUGCGCGCUUAAUGGAGGGUAACUGGUCAGCUCGCAUCGCGCGAAUGUUAUUUUUGCAGCAUGCGACGCCGUGUACUGCGACGGGCAAGUCGCCAGCUGAGCUGCUCUUGGGUAGAAGACUGGUAACGGUGCUGGAUUAUGUCCACCUCGAUAAAAUGCCAAACCGUAAUUCAAGAGCAACCCCCCAGGCUGAGGCUGACACAACAAGGUAUCUCGCCCCUGAAGAUCUGGUCUGGGUGAGGAACUAUUCACGAGGUUCGCGGUGGGUGGCUGGUGUGGUCACCCGGACUAGUGGACCUGUGUCCUAUUAUGUGACCUUGGAAAAUGGGCAAGUUUGGAAGAGACAUAUAGAUCAGCUGAGGCGCCGGGCGCUCAGCAGGGAGGGGUCAGAUAAUUCAUCCCUGGCUAACGACGCAGAGCUGCAAGACCAGAGUGAAAAUGGCCCAGAGGUGCAGUCACCAGGGGCUUCAGCAAAUGAACCAGGGUCUGCUAGUCCUCAGGAUGACGAGGUACAGGUAGGGGACCCUGCGAUGUCUGGGACUCCAUCUGUUCCUGACGAAACCCCUAUAGCACCCCCUCUACCACAGGUAACAUCCAAUCCAGAACCGGCAACACCUGUUGUCAGGAGAUCAAGUAGAAGUUGUAGGACCCCACAGUACCUGAGAGAUUACGUCUGCGGUGCUCACUGGGGGGGGAGGGGUGUUGUGUAUUGAGUCAAAGGAUUUUAUAUCUGUAUUAUUAUUGUCUGUAUUUGCAUUAGGGUAAAGUAACUGCCUUUUGGUUCCAGAGGGUACAGCUACUAUUGGUUCAUUUAAGCUGCUGUAUUUGGAUCCUCUGUCUUAUUGGUUUCCUCCAAAAGGCAGGACUGUGAUUGCCUGAUAUUGUUCCCUCCAAAAUGUAUCCUUUCUAGCUAGUUCCCUGUCCCUAUAAAUGUAGCUCUCCCCUCCUCAGUUC